CCAAGCUCCCUCCGCCUGAGGAAGAUGCAAGCAGUGGGACUGGAGGCACUACUCCGUCCCUUUUAUCCCCGCACUCAGCGGAAGACGGAGGCAGCAGGCCUGCCCGGGGAGCGGCGCUGAGAAACAGCAUCCCUCCCACCCUCCCGCGAGCAGGGCAUGCUGCGGAGCCACCCCCUCUCCAAGCAGGGGGGAGAGAGCCUGGAACAAACAUUGCUUGUGCUUGUGGGCAGAGCCACGAGCAGGGGAAGCCGGGAACAGAACACAGGCCUCUUACGCUCCUCGGCUGAGUCACCGGAGCGUAUAAAACAGAGCCCUGCAGCUGGUGCUGCGCAAGAGGGGAGGCACAAGGCAUCGCAACUCUCAGGCAGAUCUUGCAACUAACUGCAAGCCAUCUAGCACAAAGAUGUUCUCCCUCUUGCUCAUCCUCUGUCUGCUGGCAAGGAACACAGCAUCAGGCCCAGUGAGCAGAGCAGAGCCUGCAGCAUCCAGGGAUGUCACCACCUUUUUCCUGCUGGCUCAGGGAGACCCUUGGGAGAACGUUAAUCUUACCAGCAUGUCCUGCGAGGAUCGGAAGAACAAGACAUGGAUCACCCUGCAGCUGACCAACAGCAGCCUGACAGCUUUCCCCAUUUGCCUCCCAGAGGCCCUGGAGACCUUGGAUCUCAGCAACAACCUCUUAGAAGAGGUGAACGGCACAGAAAUAGCAAACCUCCCGCGGCUGCGCAUCCUCUCACUGAGGCAGAACCUUCUCCGGGCAGUCAGAUGGGGGUCUGAAGCCUUCAGCAGUCUCCAUUCCCUGGACUUAAGCUUUAACAAGCUGUCGUCUGUGCCACCAUGCCACACUUCUUCAAUGCCUAACCUGAGGUGGCUGUCCAUGGCUGGCAAUCCACUGAUUGAAAUCCAGCCGCUGGCUUUUUCCUGUUACCCCCAGCUACAGUUCCUGAACCUCUCUGCAACUCUGCUUGGGCAGGAAGGCAGCAGGGGAAUUCAGGAGUCUGCUUUUGCCAUCAGUCCAUCCCCUGGCGAUGCUCUGCACGGGCCUGAGAACACCAUCAGCGUGCUCGAUCUGAGCGGGACCUUUCUCGAGAGAAUCCAAGUUGAGUGGACCAGAGACUUGCCCAACCUCAGAUCACUGCACCUGACAAAGAUGUCACGAUUACGAAGCCUCGAUACCGACUUCAGGUCUAUGCCUCAUCUCAGAGAGCUCAACUGCCGUGACUCCCACUCUCUGGGUUUCGUGAGGACAGAGAUGUUUGAAAGCGCACCUAACCUAAGCCAUCUUUCCUUUCAAAACUGUAACCUGAGUUCCUUUAAUUCUUGGAAUACCAAUUCUUCAGACAGUAUCAUCAUCAACUUGCAUGGAAAUCCUCUGUUAUGUGACUGUAGACUCUCCUGGCUGCUCUCCAUGCCCAAGAAAUUUGUGCUGCAAAAGGCUUCGGACACUUUUUGCACCACAUCCCAAGAAAAUUGGGACAAGCCUUCAAUUUCCUUUUCACUGCAAGAACUCUACAAUAAAUGCCAGGCUGAGAAAGAUAUCUCACUGCCUGAUUCAAACACACCCUCCAGCCGAGGCGACGCUUUCAGCCUUGCCAGCUACUACACCACGACUGCAGCAACGACAACAGACUCUGCUCCGCUAACCAAAGACACUUACACUGGCUUCCUCAUUCAGAGGAAUGUAACAAGCACAACUGCAGCCAACCCAGCUGAGCUGAUGCUCACAAAAGCCAACAGUUCCUCCCCCGAGGAUGAGGCAGUUUCCAAAUCCAUGAACCAUCCCCCUUUCCUCGCAUCUCUAACCACCUCCCCCGGUUUUCUCAGAGAGUUCUACAGCCAGACCCUGAAUUACGGCUCCGUGAGUCAAACUGAAACACAGCAGCUCCAGGGAGAGCUCAGAAAAACCCACAUGGCUUUUCCCCAGGAACGUCUGUUCAGCCAGCCCACUAGCGAGCAUUCUACUCCAGCAACAGGAACUCCGGAUGCCAUUCCCCAUUACAUUCACUCCUUCGCUGUGGAAAGGACACCACAAACAAAUCGACAGCAGCUGAACUCCACAAAGACCAGCGCUCACUCAGCAUCCGCAUCCACCCGACCACGGAUCCACUAUGUAGAUGACUACGAAUACGGCGAGGAGACAACGGAAACCCCCGUGCAACAAACAUACACCUCCUGUGACUACAAUCCCUGCAGACACCUGCAGAAGCCGUGCAGCGAACUUCAGAGAGCGUCCCCGUGCUUAUGUCCCGGCAUGUCGACAGAAAAUGAAAUCCCAGACCCACCGAGGCUCAGAGAGGUGUCUGAAGUCACAGACAGCUCUGCACAGAUACAGUGGUGUGCCCCAAAUUCCGUUGUUCGUACCUAUCAGCUGAUGCUUCACGACCAAGGCGACGAGGAAGGACAGCUCGUCCUGGAGAACAUUUAUUCCACAGCGAGGCAGUACACUCUGUAUAACCUCUCGCCAUACACCACUUACCACAUUUGUGUGACUGCUUCGAACCGCGCGGGGUUAAGCCACACAGUAAACCAGGGAAUUGCAGGCAAUUCGUGUACCAGGUUCAGAACAAAGCCCAGCUACAAGUCCGUCUUUGCUGCCCUGUCUGCAGCAAGUGGACUCUUUCUCAUUUCCACAAUUAUUUUGUCCAUUUGUCUGUGCAAGGCACGUAAAAAGCCUCCCAGUGAGCAGUAUGGUACACAUCUAGUCUCCUACAAGAACCCAGCAUUUGAUUACCCAUUAAAAUUACAAACAACGGAUUAGCUCUAGUGAUUGUUCUACACAUUCCAAGGUCACUAUCUCUAUCACUUCGGUAUGUCUUCCUCUAUCAAAAAGUCCUUUAGCAAAAAAAAAAAAAAGGAACAUCUGACUUCAUUGCCACCAUCUUUCUAGAGGAAAAAAAAAUUAGGAAAAGAAAAAGGAGGCAGCCAAACUGAAAAAAUGCCUUUGGGUUCUUGUUCUUGUGCUAAGCAUGGACAUUAACCUUGAAAAGUUAGUUUUAUGCUCACCUACAAAUAUACCAACAUACAUUUCACUCAGUGAGAUGGUGCCUUGUCAGCUGUCACAGACACAGUCCAUGCAAAGCAAGAACCUACAAUGCAUCUCACCAAGCAAGACAGAUACUGCUUCUACUCACGUAAGUGAGGCUGAGUUUUCAUUUUCAGAAGAGCAUUACUGGAAGGAGUGCGAGACAGACCUCCUUGGCUCAGCAGCAAGGUGCUGUACACCUCCAACUCCAGUAAGUAACUCUAGUGACCAGAACUGCUCAGCUCUACUUCUGAUCAGGAAAAAGAAAUACGAAGGUUAAUUGCCAAAAGGAAGAGCGAGACACUGUGGGAUCGUUACAGCCAGGACGACCUUCUUGUUCUGACUUUCUGCAAUGUGUUCUACAACUGAGGCUUCUGAGUGAUACCACAACAGCAACCACAGGUAGCGAGGAGUUUGCAGUGCAGCAGUUCCUCACAGAAGGGGGGGGGAGGGGGCUGGGAGGAGUACAUCAGCAUUUACUUCACAAUUGACUUUAAACAAGAGAUUACUGCUCAGUUCCAUCUGCAGCUUUAGCAGGCCGAUGAUUUACCUCAUACAGAGGCAAAGAGCCAAGUAAUGAAAAAACUGAAUAUGUGUGUUGCUGAGACUUGAAAAACUGAAAUCCCCUCCACUGGCAGCAGCAGGGAUUUAUGCAGACAUUUUUCACAUGUACUUUGGGGAACUCAUUUCUGCUACACUAAUAGCAACAGAUGCUGACAAUUCCUGUUCUUCAGCAGCUUUGAGAGAUCUUUUCAUUACAAUUUUUUUGUAAGAGGAAGCAUUUGUCCUGGUCAAGCAUUUCCCUCUAACAACAGCUGUUCAGAGAGCCAGGCUUACAUUCCGGAAGCUGUAUGUUUCUGCUGUUGGCUAUACAGCACAUAAAGUCCUCCCAGUCUCAGAGAAUGAAGGGUGUUGUAUGGUGCAAAAGAGUAUAAUUUCUCUCCCUAUUUUUUUUAAUGCUCCUUGUAUUAAUGGAAAUAAAAGCUACAGACUGGUUCUUCGUUAAA